AUGGCCACUGCUCAGCUCUCUCACUCUAUCAGAAUUCACAAGGCACCUAAGGAAACAGUUUUCCCAUCUCAAAUAACUAAUGAGCAUGAGUCAUUGAUAAUGGUGAAGCAACUUUUUGCUACUUCUAUCUCAUGUAUAACAUAUCUAAGGGGCCUGUUUCCAGAGAGCUCUUACGGAGAACGCCAUUUGGAUGACCUCAGUUUAAAAAUCCUCCAAGAAGAUAAAAAAUGUCCUGGGUCAGUGCAUAUUAUCAAGUGGAUUCAAGGUUGUUUUGAUGCUUUGGAAAAGAGAUACCUACACAUGGCAGUACUUACACUUUACACAAAUCCGAAGGAACCUGAGAAAGUGACUGAGAUAUACCAGUUCAAAUUCAAAUACACAAAAGAAGGAGCCACUAUGGAUUUUGACAGCCACUCAUAUAGCACAGCCUUCGAAAGUGGGACAAACAGUGAAGAUAUUAAGAAAGCCAGUGCUCUACUGAUGCGUAAAUUGUAUAUACUGAUGCAGAACCUUGGACCCCUUCCUAAUGAUGUUAUACUUACUAUGAAACUCCACUACUAUAAUGCAGUGACCCCACAUGAUUACCAUCCCCCUGGUUUUAAAGAAGGGGUAAACUCACACUUCCUGCUGUUCGACGGGAAGCCUGUAAACGUGCAAGUGGGAUUGGUCUCCACUGGCUUUCAUAGCAUGAAAGUAAAAGUCACAACCGAGGCCACCAGAGUGUCUGAUUUGGAGAACAAUCUCUUUCAGGAGAGCAGCACUACAGAGAUCGCCCAUCAGGGUCUAGACUGUGAUGAAGAGGAAGAGGAAUGCAACAAUCACAUUCAAAGAAUGAAUUUUGUGUACAGUCAGCAAAGUUCUGAGAGCUCCAGGAAGAAGAGGAAGGUCAGCGAACCAAUGAAAGUCUUCAGCCCUGACAGAAAAUGAAAGUUAG